ACUCAACAGGUCAGAAACCAACAGUCUAUCACCGCGACAGGAACUAGCCACUAGCACAGAUGACCGCUGAAGCUAUCAACCUAAAUCAUAUGGAUUUACAAGAGAGUCGCAAGAAUCUACUGGACGAAUUAAGGUCUGUAGAAACUGAAAAACAGAUUCUCUUCAAUGAUAAGCAGGAUUUUGUUAAAGUUCUGAAAAAAAUUAACGACUACAAGGAUGAGCUUAAAAUCAUUUUCCAGAGAGAGAAAGAUGAUUUGGAAGACGAAAAUCAACGUCUAGAAGAAAAGAAACGGAGGCUUGAGCAGGAAAGCAAAGAUUUGGACACAGCUAAGACAGAAAUUCAAAAAGAAUGGAAGCAGAUUGAAGAAGUUAAAACAUCAAAUCAGGAAUUUCUAGAAGAUUUGAUUACGAAAAAAUCUAAAACGGAAAAGCUUUGGAAAUCGCUGCAAGACAGCAAAGCAAAUGCGAUUGAAGAAAUAAACCAGAUGAAAAGAGAUCUGGAGAAAGAGAAAUUCGAUUUUGAUGAAUCAAAGAAAUUUUCAGAAAACAAACUUGAAGAACUGAGACAAGCUUUGCAAGCUGAGAGAGACGAGUUCGAACAGCAUAAGUCUAGCUCAAAGCUGGAGAAUGAAAAUGCUCGACAGAUUCUGCAAGAAGAGAAAGAAAAUCUACAACUUAUUUGGCAAACUCUGGAGGAAGAGAAGAUUGAUUUUAAAAAUAAGCUUCAAAUAGAAAAGCUAAAGUUAACUGAAAGUCAAAAUAAUUUACAGAAAGGCUUUCAAGAUGUAAUUCUCCAGACAAAAGCCCUGCAGGAAGACAAGUUGAACUUUGACAAAGCAAAGGCUGAAACAGAAAAGGAGCAUGAAGAAAUAUACAGCAUUCUCAAGGAAGGCUACAAAUCGUUAGACUUUGAGAAACAAAGCCUGGAGCGGCAGAAACUCAAAUCUGUGGAAGUUCAGGACAAAUUGGAUCAGAAUAAUAAGGAACUCCUGCAAAAAGAGAGAGAACGGAUGAAUCAGGAGCUGCGAGAGGAAAAGAUUCACUUUCUUGAACUGAUAAAAGCAGAAAGACUUCGUCUAAAGAACAGUCAGAACAAUUUGCAGGAGGGAUUAGAAGACCUGAUUCUCGACAGGAAAAAAUUUCAGAAGGAAAUGAUUCUUUUUGAAACACAGAAGACAGAAUCUGAAAAGCAGAAUGCAGAAAUAUACAGUCGUCUCCAAGAGGGGUUAGACAUUUUACAUGUCGAGAAGGAAAGUCUGAUGCAACAGAUGGCAGAAUUUGAGGAAAAAGAGAAAGAAUGCAAUCAGCUUAUUAUGGAAAUGUAUCAGACUCUCCAGGAUGAAAGGGAACAUUUAGAGCUGAUGAAACAGAGUCUGCAGGAUGAAAAGAUGCACUUUGUUGAACUGAUGAAAACAGAAAAUCUUAGAUUGCAUGAGAAACAAAUUGAUCUGGAGAAGGGAUUAGAAGAUCUGAUUCUUGAUCGGAAAAUGUUUCAGAAGGAAAUGAUUCACUUUGAAACACAGAAGACAGAAUCUGAAAAGGAGAAUGCAGAAAUAUACAGUCAUAUCCAAGAGGCAUUUGAGGAAAAAGAGAAAGAACCAAAUCAGCUUGAUCUGGAAAUGUAUCAGACUCUCCUGGAUGAAAGCAAAAAUUUAGACCUGAUGAAACAGAGUCUGCAGGAGGAAAAGAAUCAGUUUGUUGAACUGAUUGCAACAGAAAAACUUAGUUUACAUGAGCAACAAAUGGUUUUGAAGAAGGGAUUAGACGAUCUGAUUCUUGAUAGGAAGAGUCUGAGUGAAGAUAUGAUUCACUUUCAGCAGGAAAAGGAAGAUUCACUUCAUGAAAUGAAUUCAGUCCUUCAGACUCUGAAAGACGAGAGAGAAAGCUUAGAGCUGAUGAGGCAGGCUCUGGAACAGGAAACAGAGUUUGAAGAAGCAAAUCAAAAAGAAACCUUCAACAUAAAUAAUACAGAAACAGCUGCGGAGGACGAGGUAGAAAGUCCUUCUGCUCAGACUGAAUUUCUGCAGGAACGAAUGAUGAGUUUUGAACUUCCCCAGACUAAAUCUGAAGAGGAGAUAAGUGAAAUGUACAAUUAUCUCCAACAUGGGCUUAUAUAUUUAGACGCUGGACUAGAAAGUCUGGAAAAUCAGAGGAAUACAUUUGAGGAGAUGGAGAAAGAGUCUUAUCAGACGUUACGAGACAUCCAGCGGGGUCUCCAGGAGGAGAGAGAUAGUUUAGAAAUGAAGAAACACAGCCUGGAGGAAGAAAAACUGGAGUUGGAAAAAAUGAUUGCAACAGAAAAACUUAGUUUACAUGAGAAACAAAAAGAUCUGGAGAAGGGAUUAGAAGAUCUGAUUCUUGAUAGGAAAAUGUUUCAGAAGGAAAUGAUUCACUUUGAAACACAGAAGACAGAAUCUGAAAAGCAGAAUGCAGAAAUAUACAGUCGUCUCCAAGAGGGGUUAGACAUUUUACAUGUCGAGAAGGAAAGUCUGAUGCAACAGAUGGCAGAAUUUGAGGAAAAAGAGAAAAAAUCAAAUCAGCUUUAUCUGGAAGUUUAUCAGACUCUCCAGGAUGAAAGGGAACAUUUAGAGCUGAUGAAACAGAGUCUGCACGAUGAAAAGAUUCACUUUGUUGAACUGAUGAAAACAGAAAAUCUUAGUUUGCAUGAGAAACAAAUUGAUCUGGAGAAGGGAUUAGAAGAUCUGAUUCUUGAUAGGAAAAUGUUUCAGAAGGAAAUGAUUCACUUUGAAACACAGAAGACAGAAUCUGAAAAGGAGAAUGCAGAAAUAUACAGUCAUCUCCAAGAGGCAUUUGAGGAAAAAGAGAAAGAACCAAAUCAGCUUGAUCUGGAAAUGUAUCAGACUCUCCUGGAUGAAAGCAAAAAUUUUGACCUGAUGAAACAGAGUCUGCAGGAGGAAAAGAAUCAGUUUGUUGAACUGAUUGCAACAGAAAAACUUAGUUUACAUGAGCAACAAAUGGUUUUGAAGAAGGGAUUAGACGAUCUGAUUCUUGAUAGGAAGAGUCUGAGUGAAGAUAUGAUUCACUUUCAGCAGGAAAAGGAAGAUUCACUUCAUGAAAUGAAUUCAGUCCUUCAGACUCUGAAAGACGAGAGAGAAAGCUUAGAGCUGAUGAGGCAGGCUCUGGAACAGGAAACAGAGUUUGAAGAAGCAAAUCAAAAAGAAACCUUCAACAUAAAUAAUACAGAAACAGCUGCGGAGGACGAGGUAGAAAGUCCUUCUGCUCAGACUGAAUUUCUGCAGGAACGAAUGAUGAGUUUUGAACUUCCCCAGACUAAAUCUGAAGAGGAGAUAAGUGAAAUGUACAAUUAUCUCCAACAUGGGCUUAUAUAUUUAGACGCUGGACUAGAAAGUCUGGAAAAUCAGAGGAAUACAUUUGAGGAGAUGGAGAAAGAGUCUUAUCAGACGUUACGAGACAUCCAGCGGGGUCUCCAGGAGGAGAGAGAUAGUUUAGAAAUGAAGAAACACAGCCUGGAGGAAGAAAAACUGGAGUUGGAAAAAAUGAUUGCAACAGAAAAACUUAGUUUACAUGAGAAACAAAAAGAUCUGGAGAAGGGAUUAGAAGAUCUGAUUCUUGAUAGGAAAAUGUUUCAGAAGGAAAUGAUUCACUUUGAAACACAGAAGACAGAAUCUGAAAAGGAGAAUGCAGAAAUAUACAGUCGUCUCCAAGAGGGGUUAGACAUUUUACAUGUCGAGAAGGAAAGUCUGAUGCAACAGAUGGCAGAAUUUGAGGAAAAAGAGAAAAAAUCAAAUCAGCUUUAUCUGGAAGUUUAUCAGACUCUCCAGGAUGAAAGGGAACAUUUAGAGCUGAUGAAACAGAGUCUGCACGAUGAAAAGAUUCACUUUGUUGAACUGAUGAAAACAGAAAAUCUUAGUUUGCAUGAGAAACAAAUUGAUCUGGAGAAGGGAUUAGAAGAUCUGAUUCUUGAUAGGAAAAUGUUUCAGAAGGAAAUGAUUCACUUUGAAACACAGAAGACAGAAUCUGAAAAGGAGAAUGCAGAAAUAUACAGUCAUCUCCAAGAGGCAUUUGAGGAAAAAGAGAAAGAACCAAAUCAGCUUGAUCUGGAAAUGUAUCAGACUCUCCUGGAUGAAAGCAAAAAUUUUGACCUGAUGAAACAGAGUCUGCAGGAGGAAAAGAAUCAGAAGAGUCUGAGUGAAGAUAUGAUUCACUUUCAGCAGGAAAAGCAAGAUUCACUUCAUGAAAUGAAUUCAGUCCUUCAGACUCUGAAAGACGAGAGAGAAAGCCUAGAGCUGAUGAGGCAGGCUCUGGAACAGGAAAUAGAGUUUGAAGAAGCAAAGAAGAGUUUCAAGAAUCUGAAGGACCAACAGCAUUUAAUGAGAGAAAUGCGAGUAACUGAACCCAAACAAUGUGACAAAGAUGGGACUCCUGGAGAAGACGAGACUUUUUAA